AUUUCAGUUCAACUGUGCAGUUUGAAGUGAUCGAACAUCUCAACAUCAAUUGAUUUUAAAAAGCUAAAAAAUUUAAUACACUUUUUUUUUCUUAAAACGGAUCCAUUAAUUAUAACGGAGAUACAACAGAAGCACAAUAAUCAUGUGUUCAAAAACACAGGAUUUAAGCAAGCGCACAUUCUUUAUCCUUAGCGGUGUUUCCAACACCUUGGGGAAGUCAUUCGCCAUUGAAAUGUGUCGCCAUUACAGUGUCGGUUCUGUUGCCAUCCUCAUCGACACGUCGGAGAACAGUUUGCAGGAAGUGAAAAAAGAAAUUGAUUUCCUGGAGCGCGGAAUCAAUACGAUUUGCUGGCCAAUUAAAUCAUGGCAAGAGACCAAUGGCAUUUACUUUGGUCAGCUACUCGCUACUAUCUUGCAAAAAUACACCGCUAUCAAUUACGAUUUCGAACUCGCAUUCAUUCUACACAACGAGGGUAAAAUGGCAACUGAUAAGUUGAUGGAACCACAAUUGGCUGAGGAUUGGUUGCCAUUUGUACACGAACAUCUGUACGCACCCGUUGCACUCAAUCAGGCAUUCCUGACCGCGCCACCGCUUGCCAAAACCGCAAAACUGGUAGUCAACAUCACAUCCAGCUUGAUGAUUCGUCCGUUCGUUUACAACUCAUUGAUGUGCUCUUGCAUGAAGUCACGUGAUAUGUAUUUCCGUUCAAUGGCCAAUGAGGAGAGUCGCAAUGGCGUGAAUGUAAUCAGUUACUCACCGGGCAUUUUGGAAACACACAAACCACAAUUGGACUCAAACAACAAUGUGGUGGAUUUGUUGGAUUUGAAUGAGGAUAAGGAAUUGCUGAAAUUGCCACGUGUUAGCGCCAAGGAAUCUUCACUCAAAUUAAUUAACAUUCUGCAGAAAAUGUCCUUUAUAUCAGGACAUGAUGUCGACUACUACGACACUUUCAACUUAUGAGGAGCACUAAUGAAAUAUUAUCACAAGUGCGUUAUUCAAGAAGUGCUGUGUGGUAAUGUUUCAUUCCAAUUUUUUGCUGAUUUAGUGCCGCUGCUGAGUGA